GCAAGCCUGUUGCCUUGUGCCUUUUCUGCCUGGCUUCUUCCUCGUUCCAUCAUCCAUUGAUCGUCUGAAUUUGUGACUGAUUCUUCUGUGCUCGGUGGGAUUGAUUUGUAAGUCUCCAUCCAGCCAACCGCCAACUCAUCCCAGAAGAUGGCGUCUAACCUAUUGUUGCGAUCCUCGAGCCGUUUGGUGGGCUCAUGCCCGUGGGCUCAAGCCACCCAAAAGUCGCUCACCACGUCGGCCGUCAUCAAGAAGGAUUACGUGAUGGCUGAUCCGUUGGACCACGCCACUGGAGUGGAAAAGUUCGAGCUUUUGGCCAAGAAGGAAGGCAACGAUAACCCUUUUACUACGUAUGUCAUGAAACCGGGUUCGGUGGCCGGCUCACUCCGGCAUCCGAUCAUGGUGCCGUCCACGCAGUCCUCCCGCGUGGUGGGCUGUUCGUGUGAGCACGACUAUGACGAGGUGGUCUGGUUCAAGCUAGCCAAAGGGCCGCCCCAGCAAUGCGAAUGCGGCCAUUACUUCAAGUUGGUCGAGCAUGAUCCCUUGGAUCGGAGCGUAUCGCCCAUGUACGGCAUGGGCUACGGCUCCGGUCUGUCCAUGUUCAAAUACUAAAUCCAUCGAAGGCAGCGUCGUCGUUCUUGGUUCCUGAUUGCCUUUGUCCCUGGGUGUCUGCCUGCCUCCUGCCCUCUUUUCCUGCCACCCGCCUGAUCUCAUGAUCGGAAGAGUUCUUGUCUGGCCCGGCCUCACUCUGGUCUCGUUUGUCUUU